AUUUUAUUUAUCCAAAGACACACUAUCUAUUGUUCUGUCGCUUCAAAAUGAUCAAAUCAAAGUCUAGUUAGUGAUAGUCCUCUGAAAUCAUCCUUACUAUUGAACAAGGUUUAUUUAGAUUUGACUAAACUGGCUUUCUUAGAUUUAUCAAUGGAGGGCGCCAGGGUACCAAGAAUUAGCAUUACAAAGUGGCUGCCUAGCCUACACGCGUGGCUCGCGUUUACAAGCGCCGGGUGAUCGAAAUAGCGUGUUUGAAACCGUUUCACUAAAGUCUCUCGGCGAUGGAGGAGUUGCCCGAAGAACUCAAAGCGUUUCUUCUUGAACAUCCAUUGUUUCAUUUGACAGAGGACAGAAAGAUAAAAUGCACAGUAAAUGGACACGAGUUCCCUUGCAACCUGGCAGAACUUCAGAAUUACACCAGAGGAAAGAAAUACCAGCAGAUGAGGGCUUCUUCAGAGUUCUGCUACAGUCAAUACCAACCACAUAUUGUUGCUAGCAGUAAACAACCCAAUCAGCUCUUCUGUAAACUGACCCUCAGACACAUUAAUCGACAGCCAGCCCAUGUCCUAAAACAUGUCAAUGGGAAGCGUUUCAAGAACGCCCUGAAUAAAUAUGACGAGUGUGUACGACAGGGGAUUAAGUAUGUCCCAGCGAGGCUCCAACAAAAAUCUCGCAAGUGCGAUGAAGGGGAGGUCAAGAGGGGGAGAAGCUCCCAAAGGAGGAAUCCUUAUUCGGAAUCCUCAUCCAGUGAAGUUGAUCAUGACUCAGAAGAUAGCAUGAGUGACCUCUAUCCUUCAACUGUUUUCACACCGAAAAGGGUAGGGGAAGGAGAGGAGGGUAAUGGGAAGGAUGACGAAGGUGACUUUCAAAUGGAUGACAAAGAGGAAGAAGAUAUUGAAGUGGCUCGCCGAAUGCAGCACAAACGCAAGAAGGUCCAGCCCGAUGGGAGUCAGAUGUUCAAAAACAAGUUCUGGAAAAGAAGAUGCAACAAGAAAAGUAGACAAAUGCACAGCGGAAUAUAAUGCUUUUCAUAUGUGUUGGUGUAUGUGUAUUUUUGAUUAAAUUAAAAACUGACUUUCAUGACAAGUUGGCACUUGUAAAAAAUGUUUUCCUAUUUUGUCCUACUGGAAAGUAACACUGUGCUGAUGUAUAGCUCCAAUAUAUUCUCUUAAUUAUGGGGGUAAAAAUAUGACAGCAACUGAGUGAAGUGAAUCUCAGAUAAAUGAUACAUAUUCAGAUAAGAAGACAAUCACACCAAGAAGUUAUCACUUAAAAGCAUUUCCAGGCUAAUUCCUCUGUUAGACUAAACCAUAAUUUUCAGUGCAAGUUUUUCAUCACACUAUCUAACGCAACGCUGUCCAACUUCACUUGUGUC